AUGGGGCGUAACGUGAGCUGGGUCUUCCCGAACGCGAGCGAGCGGCUCAACGCGACGGGCGCGGAGGAGGCGGGCGCGAACAGCAGCGUGCCCGUGGAGCCUGGCGAGGCGCAGCUGUACCGGCACUUCACCACCACCGUGCAGAUCGUCAUCUUCUUCGGCUCGCUGCUCGGAAACUUCAUGGUGUUAUGGUCAACCUGCCGCACAGCUGUGUUCAAAUCUGUUACCAACAGGUUCAUUAAAAACCUGGCCUGCUCGGGGAUUUGUGCCAACCUGGUCUGCGUGCCCUUUGACAUCAUCCUCAGUACCAGCCCUCACUGCUGCUGGUGGAUCUACACUGUGCUCGUCUGCAAAGUCGUCAAAUUUCUGCACAAAGUCUUCUGUUCUGUGACUAUCCUCAGUUUCCCUGCCAUUGCAUUGGACAGAUACUACUCAGUCCUCUACCCCCUGGAGAGAAAAAUCUCUGAUGCCAAGUCCCGUGAACUGGUGAUGUACAUCUGGGCCCACGCAGUGGUGGCCAGCAUCCCAGUGUUUGCUGUGACCAAUGUGGCUGACAUCUACGCCAUGUCCACCUGCAGUGAAGCCUGGAGCUACUCCUUGGGCCACCUGGUGUAUGUGCUCAUUUAUAACAUCACCACUGUCAUUGUGCCUGUGGCCGUGGUGUUCCUCUUCUUGAUACUGAUCCGCCGGGCCCUGAGUGCCAGCCAGAAGAAGAAGGCCAUCAUAGCGGCGCUCCGGACCCCACAGAACACCAUCUCCAUCCCUUAUGCCUCCCAGCGCGAGGCCGAGCUACACGCCACCCUGCUCUCCAUGGUGAUGGUCUUCAUCCUAUGCAGUGUGCCCUAUGCCACCCUCGUCGUCUACCAGACUGUGCUCAACGUUCCCGACACCUCUGUCUUCUUGCUGCUCACUGCAAUUUGGCUUCCCAAAGUCUCCCUGCUGGCGAACCCACUGCUCUUCCUUACUGUGAACAAAUCUGUCCGCAAGUGCUUGGUCGGGACCUUGGUGCAGCUGCACCACCGGUACAGUCGCCGGAACGUGGUGAGUACCGGGAGCGGGGUGGCUGACGCCAGCCUGGAACCCAGCAUGCGCUCCGGCAGCCAGCUCCUGGAGAUGUUCCACAUUGGGCAGCAGCAGAUUUUCCAGCCCACAGAGGAUGAAGAGGAGAGUGAAGCCAAGUACAUUGACUCGGCCGAACUCCGGGCCAAGGAGAUGCUUUCUACCUGCCUGGAGGCAGAGCAGAGGUCGCAUCUGGUACCCUCGGCCCCACCGCUGGGCACAGUGAACUCCACAUCCCAGGUGGUACCAGCAGCCCCUGUGGAGUCCGAGACCGUCCCUGACAAAUAUUCCUUACAUUUUGGCUUUGGGCCUUUUGAGUUGCCUCCUCAGUGGCUCUCAGAGACCCGGAACAGCAAGAAGCGGCUGCUCCCACCCUUGGGUAACACCCCAGAAGAGCUGAUCCAGACAAAGAUGCCGAAAGUUGGCAGGGUAGAGCGGAAGAUGAGCAGAAACAAUAAAGUGAGCAUUUUCCCCAAGGUGGACUCCUAGUGAGGAAGUUGCUUACCUUCCCGUCUCUCUGGUGGUUAGAUGUGUAUGUCUCCUUCCAACCUAGUAGGGGUUGACUCCUGUGUGGGCCACAUGCUUUUGAAUGAAAGGAAAAUAUAUGUGAAAUAAAAUGUCCUCUUUAUUGAGGGAGUAUAUAUGUAUUCGUGUAUUUAUGUCAGUGGUCUAUGUCCUGUG